AUGCUUUUAACUUCUCGUUUUGUCCACGGAUUUUGUAAUAUAUUUGUCAAGUAUUAUCUUGUCUGCAUCUAUCUAUAUCUCUCUGUGUCUGUCUCUGUCUUAUCUUCAUUAUCUCCUUCCCUCUCCCCUAUCUAUCUAUCUAUCUAUCUAUCUCAAUCUAUUCAUUAUCUAUCUAUUCAUUAUAUCUAUCUCAGUAUAUUCAUUAUGUCUCUAUCUAUCUAUCUAUCUAUUCUAGCCUCUUCUUAUCUAUCUAUCUAUCUAUCUAUCUAUCUAUCUAUCUAUCUAUCUAUCUCAGUCUAUUCAUUAUCUAUCUAUUCGUUAUAUCUAUCAGUAUAUUCUUUAUGUCUCUCUGUCUCUAUCUCUCUCUCUCUCUCUCUCUCUACUAUUUAUUCUAAUCUCUUCUUAUCUAUCUAUCUAUCUAUCUAUCUAUCUAUUAUUUAUCUAUCUAUCUAUCUCAGUCUAUUCAUUAAUAUCUAUCUCAGUCUAUUCAUUAUCUCUCUCUCUCUCUCUCUCUAUCUAUCUAUCUAUCUAUCUAUUUCAGUCUAUCUAUCUAUCUAUCUAUCUAUCUAUCUAUCUAGGUCUAUUCAUUAUCUACAUAUCUAUCCAUUAUAUCUAUCUCUCUACACACGUCGUCUGUCAGUCACUGUCGUUUUUUCGCCUAUCUAA